CCGGCAAACCGACACUGUACCGAGCGAGCGCGGCGCCGACGAUCGCAGUAGCAGUGCUCCGGUCGUCCAGACCUCCCGACACACGCGCGCGCAUGCUCUUCCAAUCCACCGCCGCUGUCGUCCGGUGCGAAUGAUAAUAACAAUAAUAAUAAUAAUAAUAUAAAAAAAUAUCACAACAACAACAACAAAAACGUUUACACACGUAAUACGCACAGAGCACAUUUCACACGCUUUCAUUCAUACUUUUUCCCAUAGUUCACCGGAAGUAAUAUAUAUAUAUAUAUAUAGACGUUAUUUAAUAGGAUACACAUCAUGUGCUGUUGUAUACCUAAAAAUUAAAUAGGCAUAAUAUAAUAUCGAAUUAGCAUAUUUUCUUGCACAGCAGCCGUCAGAAAAACAUUUCAAGUCGCGCUUUCGCCGGUCCGACGGUCUAUCGCGCGUGUGCAAAAGUUUGUGGUGUGACAUCAAACUGUAUAUAAACUUAUCUGUAUCGGACAAAUAAAUCAUAUCGAUAGCGCACAACCGUGGGCGACAGACGCGCGCGCGGUCGGUUCGGGGGAGAACGUCUCGAGCGAGAUCGGUCGUGAGCCACGGCGAGGAGCGGAACAGUAGCAGCGGCACCAGCAUCGGCACCAGCAGCAUCUGAAGCCAAAAUUCUAACUGUGCCGCCGACGCUGUGGACGGUCAGAGAGCCCCACUAUGACCACAGACACCACGACGGACCGGAGCAGUGCAGCACAGUGAGCCGUGCCCGACCGAAGACGACGACGGUGCAGCAGUCGCGGUCCGGAACCGCAGUGACGAGCAGUGUGCGGCGCGAGAAAUGGCCGCGUUCAAGGGCCGAACCGGGACGGAGGCCGACGACAAGGAGUCUGCGGCGGCGGAUUCCAUGUUGGUCAUCCCCGUGAUCGGCGACCGUAACGUCGCGGACGCUCGCCACGACGACGACGACGACGACGACGACGUGCAGUGCGGCAUCGGGCCUUGCCGGUCCAAGUGGAUGCAGGUGUUCGCGUCCAAGCAAGUGUUCUUGGCCACGUUCUGCUUCAGCUGGGUGUUGCAGGGCAUGUUCUCCACGUACUUCGUGAGCGUCAUCACCACGCUGGAGAAGCUGUUCCAGCUGCAGAGCAAGACCAUGGGGUUGGUGCUGAGCGCCACCGAAAUCGGACAGAUCGGUUCGUCGCUGUUGCUCACGUACUACGGCGGCCAGGGACACCGGCCCAGGUGGAUAGCGUCCAGCAUGGUGCUGUUCGGCGUGGCCACGUUCGCGUGCUCGUCGCCGCACUUCCUGUUCGGCCACCACCAGUAUUCGCCGGCGUCCAAUAUGGGUGGCGGCGGCGGCGGAUUCGCCGGGUCCGAAGGCAACGCCACCAACCUGGCCGACUAUUACCCGUCCAACGUGUGCGUGCCUCCGGACCUCACCAACGGACAGACCAGCCAUCAGCCGCUGGUCCAGCAGCACGAGAUGUGCGAACAAAACGAACUGUCCGAACAGCUGGAACAGUCCAGGAACACGCAGAUCGUACUGGUCAUAUUCUUCACCAGCCUGCUGGGCGUGGGCAUCGGUCAGACGGCCGUCUACACGCUGGGCAUACCGUUCAUCGACGACAACGUGGCCAGUCGCGAGUCCCCGCUGUACUUCUCCAUCACCAUCGGCGUCCGCAUACUCGGCCCGUCUUUCGGGUUCCUGUUGGGCGCCCUGUGCACCAGCCUGUACGCGGACCUCAGCAACGAGCCCAACAUGGACACCAACAACCCGCGGUGGGUGGGCGCCUGGUGGCUGGGUCUGGUGGGCAUUUCGGCCACGCUGCUGUUGACCUCCAUACCCAUGUUCGCGUUCCCCAAACGGCUGUCCAGUCCUCCGUCGGCUUGCAACGGCGCCGUGAAAAAACAGCACCCUCCCCCUUACGACGGGCUGCCGUCCGUGCCCAAAGCGCCCAAGCUCAAAGACUUUCCGACCGCCGUCAAGAGGCUUCUGAAAAACGACAUGCUCAUGUACAGGACCGCGAGCAGCGUGUUCCACCUGUUGCCGCUGGCCGGCAUCUAUACGUUCCUACCGAAAUACUUCGAGUCACAGUUCCAUUUUCCCACGCACACCGCUAACAUGGUCACAGGAAUUUACGGAAUUAUGGUUAUGGGGAUUGGAAUCAUAAUAUCUGGAAUAUUUAUACUGAAGAAAAAUCCAAAUGCUAGAGCAGUUGCCGCAUGGAUCGCGUUUACGGCCCUGGCAUAUGCCAUCGGUAUGUGCAUUUUAAUGUUUUUCGGAUGUCCAACCACGAACAUCACAGGACUGCAAUAUGACGAACUGAAUCAGCCCAAGUUUGUGUCUCCGUGCUCGGAUCAAUGCGUGUGUGACGAGGAGAUGUUCAGUCCGAUAUGCGGCGUGGAUGGGAUAACGUACUUCUCAGCGUGUCACGCCGGAUGCCGGAAUCAGACGUUCGGAAAAGAGUACAGUGUCGGUUACAAGUUCACGGACUGCCAGUGCAUGAACAAUAACGUUACGGAGGCGUAUCCGGGCUCAUGCAAAGACGAUUGCGAGGAUUCGGGCUUUUGGUACAUAGCUUUAUUUUCCUUAUUCGUGUUCAUUCAUUCCACUUCCGAAGUGGGCAGCAUGUUACUCAUCCUUCGGUGCGUACAUCCUCAGGACAAGGCCAUGGCUCUCGGACUCAUACAGUUUGCCAUAGGCCUAUUUGGUAACGUUCCUUGCCCCAUAUUGUACGGAGCGGUCGUCGACUCGGCAUGUCUCAUAUGGGAAAUGACGUGCGGGAAACAAGGAGCGUGCUCUCUGUACAACUCGGACUCGUUUCGUAUCUUCUACCAUGGUGUUACUGGGGCGCUGAUGAUGUGCGCCUUUUUCGUUGAUAUAAUUGUCUGGUACAAAGCUGGGAGUAUAAACUUCGAGGACGAUCAUCAACUGCCAGUUAACGAGGAAGAACUGAGUCAACUGACACCCAUCACUGAUAAAACCGAAACGACUGUUUGACUAUAAUAGAUGGUACUAAAAACAUCAACAUUAACACGAUUUGUCAUGUUCCUUAUUCAUAACCUCGGAGAGAUCUGUUUAAUUUUUAUUGAAUUUUAUACGGAUUUAAUUUAAUACUUUUUUCAUUUAUAAUCUAUGUAAAUAAUAUAUUAUACAAUUAAUUUUUUUCAAUACUUUUAUGAACGUCAAAACAUGACAAAUUUAUAAUAUUAUUAUAAUCACCACACGGUGCUUUAAAUUUAUAAAAAAAUUAGCAUCACUUUUACAGUUUAUGUAGGUAGAAUAAUUCGUUUCGUUCUUUACUGGUACAACAAUAAAUUGUAAUCAACGAAAAAUUAACAGAAUUUUUUUUAUAUGUUUUUUAUUAGAUAUAUUUUUAUAAACGAUUAUUCAUUGUGUAUAAUAUGCAUAUUUUAUUGUUGUUUGGAAAUUCGUUAUUUUAAGUGAAACUUUUUUCAUAUUUUAAAGUCAAUUACUUUUGCUACAAAUAAUUUUUUUUUUUUGUAAUUUUUAAUAUAUUAAGCUUACAGUAUACAUCACUUAUAUAAAAUUUGAUAUUUAUAUACAAUGUAAAAUCGAUUUAUCUCACGUUUUUGAUUUAUAAUUAUAUUAUAGUAUGUUGUUUUUAUAAUCACAAAUUCAUGGUAAACCGUGGAGACCCACACAUUAAAAUGAUGAAAAGGCUGCAUUCGUUUUUUUGUAAAACAAUAAUAAUUUGUUUUAAUUUGUAAAAUUAAAAUCGGUUUUUAUUUGUUAAUUUAUUAUUUUUCUAAUUGAAAUUUUCUAAAUUGUCUAGUUUAUUUUUUUUUUUUUUUUUUAGUUUUACACGUCACAUAAUAUUAUAAGUUAUCUUUUUUAUACAGAUAAAAAUUAAUUAAUUGAAAUUUUAUUAGUAUAUGAAACAUAUACUAUUUUAGUUAUAAUUAAAAUAGUUUUAAUUAUAUAAAUAACUAGUGAAUUAUUUUUGUUGUUUGACUAAAUGUUAGAAGAUACAAUAUUAUAGAUAAUAAUUACCUACUCAAACAUCAAAUAUUUUGUUUUAAAUCAAUUUUAUGCGUGUGCUAUGUUGUUUUUUUAUUGUUAAUUUAUGUUUAUUAUUAUAAUUUAUAAUGUUUAUUUAUUUGUAUUUUUAUUGAAAAAUUAAAGUAGUAAUAAUUGGUUUUAGAUAAAAUUAUUUAUCCGACUUUGUAAACGACUCUAUUUACAGUUUUAUAUCACUUUUUAACAUUUCAAAACAUUUUUUCUUAAAUUAUAUUCUUUUUAAACUAUCUAUCUGUUUUUUAAAACUGUUUGUUCAGUUGGUUAGAUUAAUUGAUGAAAUAAUACAUCAAAAUCGACUGACUUAUUUAGAAAUAAUGUUAUUUUUAAAUUUAUUGUACGAUAAAUAAUAACGUAUUUUUAUAUUGCAUUUAAAACAUGGGUUCGUUUAAAAUAAAACAUGUUUUUAAUUAUUGAAAAUGCAUUGUUAGUGUUAAUUUGUUUAAAAAUAAUGAUUGAUAUAAAAGAGUAAAAUAAAGUAUAAAAAUAUUUGUAUUCGUGUUUCACCGUUCAACCGUUCAUUCCACUAUUUUAGUAUAAAAUAAAAAAAUAUGAAAUACAA